CUUAAAGAGACACACUUCUCACUGAGUUAAAUGUGCGCAUUUCAACGGGUUCGCAGCUGCUGCUCAGAGGAGGAAGGACUUCACUUUCAAUUUCGAUUUAAUUUAGAAAAAACAUGGAGUCCGUCUGAUGUGUGCAACAAACGCGUCGAGCACAGUUUUAGAGCUGCAGAGAGGGGUUCACGAGACAACUUUAUAAAACCGGGACUGCUCGACUGAACGUUCGGGUUUAACGUCGGGUGUCAGCUUUACUUCCCCGUCAGACGGAUACGGUCGUUGUUGUCGUUGCCAGAAGUGCAUCAACAUGUUGGAAGAGACGGGGCCAGAGUGGUUGUCUGAGGAGGUGAAAACCGGAACCACCAUCAUCGCCAUAGAGUUCGAUGGAGGGGUCGUGCUGGGGUCUGACUCCCGAGUGUCUGCAGGGGCGUCGGUGGUGAACAGGGUGAUGAACAAGCUGUCUCCCCUCCAUGACAGGAUCUACUGCGCUCUGUCAGGCUCUGCAGCAGACGCUCAGACCAUCGCUGAGGUGGUCAACUACCAGCUCGAUGUCCACAGUAUUGAGAUAGAUGAGGAGCCCCAGGUUCGCUCAGCGGCCACUCUGGUGAGGAACAUCUCAUACAAGUACAAGGAGGAGAUGUCGGCCCAUCUCAUCGUGGCCGGCUGGGACAGAAGAGAUGGGGGGCAGGUGUUUGCAACCCUGAGUGGUCUCCUGACGAGGCAGCCUUUUGCACUCGGUGGCUCUGGCAGCUCAUACGUCUAUGGGUUUGUUGACGCUGAGUUUCGCAGGGGUAUGAGCAAGGAGGAGUGUCAGCAGUUCGUGGUCAACACUCUGUCUUUGGCAAUGAGCCGGGAUGGCUCCAGUGGCGGCGUGGCCUAUAUUGUCUCCAUUGAUGAACACGGCACAGAGGAGAAAGUGGUUCUAGGAAACGACUUACCCACCUUCUUUGACCAGUGAUACUUACAGUUUUAUCAUCUCCAGUCUGCAAGCCACUGCUGUGCAGGAUGCAAUUAGGUAUUUGUUUUGCUCACAACAGCCACUACAAUAAAUAAAGCUGAUUCUGAUACAUACACUUUGGCUCGGCUGUCAGCUAAUUCAGCUUGUCAAAUAAAAAUAGUAGAUAACAAUA